AACGGGGGGCGGAACCUUGUCGCGGAGGCGGCGGGCGGCGCCCGGAACCUUGGUGGCAGGCGCGCGGCCGGCCGGGCCCGUUUGUGCGGCGGACCGCCGUGCCACGUCCCAGGGAGCGGGCGGCGGUUGCGAGGGAGCCGCGCCGCGUCUCGACUCGUCUCGCUACGCCGCCGUCAUGGUUUCGGUAAUUAACACCGUGGACACCUCUCAUGAGGACAUGAUACACGAUGCUCAGAUGGAUUAUUAUGGCACUCGGUUAGCAACCUGUUCUUCAGACAGAUCUGUGAAAAUCUUUGAUGUUCGGAAUGGAGGGCAAAUCCUCAUAGCAGACCUAAGAGGGCAUGAAGGUCCGGUGUGGCAAGUUGCCUGGGCUCAUCCUAUGUAUGGAAAUAUCCUAGCUUCCUGUUCCUAUGACAGGAAGGUUAUUAUUUGGAAAGAAGAAAAUGGCACUUGGGAAAAGACAUAUGAGUACACAGGGCAUGAUUCCUCAGUGAAUUCUGUCUGCUGGGCACCACAUGACUACGGAUUGAUACUGGCCUGCGGGAGCUCUGAUGGGGCCAUUUCGUUAUUGAGCUACACGGGUGAUGGGCAGUGGGAAGUCAAAAAGAUCAGCAAUGCACAUACUAUUGGAUGUAAUGCUGUUAGCUGGGCUCCUGCUGUUGUACCAGGAAGCCUUAUAGAACAGCCAUCUGGUCAAAAACCAAACUACAUCAAAAGAUUUGCAUCUGGUGGCUGUGACAACCUUGUCAAGAUCUGGAAAGAAGAAGAUGGCCAGUGGAAAGAAGAGCAGAAGCUGGAGGCUCAUAGUGACUGGGUUCGAGAUGUAGCCUGGGCUCCAUCCAUAGGUUUGCCAACAAGUACCAUUGCUAGCUGCUCACAGGAUGGCAGAGUGUUUAUCUGGACGUGUGAUGAUGCCUCUGGAAAUUCAUGGUCACCAAAACUGCUGCACAAGUUCACUGAUGUUGUCUGGCACGUGAGCUGGUCCAUCACUGCAAAUAUUCUUGCAGUGUCUGGAGGAGACAAUAAAGUCACGCUAUGGAAGGAAUCAGUAGAUGGACUGUGGGCAUGCAUCAGCGAUGUCAACAAGGGCCAAGGAGGAGUGUCUGCCGUUACAGAGGGGCAGCAGAAUGAGCAGUGAUGUGUGGUUGAACAGUCCAGCUGCAUCAAGUGAUCAUUAUCCCUGAUUUGUAAUGUCUUGAACCAGACGAGAACUGCUUUUAUCUAAACUGGACAUGAAUAUUUGGAAAUAAAUAUUCAAUUUUAUGAUCACUCUAUAACCAUUAAUGGGAAGCUACAAUGUGUUGAUGAUAGCCUUAAUUGACAUUCCCUUAAAUUAAAGGUCAAGAGCAUAGCAAAGCACUGUGUCUUAUACUACUCCUUGAUGCUGUAAAAACUGCAGCCUGCCUUCUGGUUUAGAAAUCAGAUUCAAUUAGAUAUGCUUCAGUCAGACUUCAAGCACUUGAGUAGGAACAGGAAGAAGCCAAAGUGCUGAUGUGUGAACACUUUUUCCAAGGGGACAAAAACCUAGCUCUUUUAAAGGCUGAAGUUUCCUUUCCACUGAGAGGGAGGGCUGUGGGAGUUUUCAGCAUUAAGAUGAAAAGAAUUGCUAUUGUCCACUCAUCCAAGUGGAUGGCCUCUGUGCUUUCCUUAAUUUGAAAAGGAGUAGUGGAAUACAUGUCUUUUGCUUUACAAUUAUCUCAAACUUGGUUAUUUAAACAACAAAUCAUCAAAACUUAAUUUGAAAGUUUUUUAGCCACUCUUCUGUACUGUACCUCAGGUUGUUUUUUUUUUUUUUUUUUAAGAUACCAACAGAAUAAAGUCUUAUUGGUUAAA